GAGAAAAAUUGUUUUGACAGCUGAACUAAUAAAUUUUUGGGUUUCGUGACAUUGUGUGUUGAUUUCGCAUUUAAUGCACAAAAUAGUUGGAAAAAAGGUGAGAAAUUGUGCAAAAUAGUUAGCAAAGAUCGCAGAGCAAGUGGUGAAAGUGGAAAAUUGGUGAAAAUCAGUGGAAACUGAGGAAAAUCAACAAAGAAGUCGGUGUACGCUGGGUGUCUCCAUCCCAUAGUGCAUUAGUGGUGAGGAGGAUCCAUUUCUUUUAUUGCGGAUGUUGCAAUUUAGAUGUUUCUACAUCGAUUUAAUUGAGUAUUUUGGUAUUGAACUAAGCAAAUACAAUGAAGAUUAACCCUUCGAAAUUGCAACAACAAUUUAUGUUGGACUGAGAAUUUCACAUAACUAGCAUUUCUUGAGUGAUAAUUGUGGUUAUUGCUGAAAUUGGCACAAGCUACGAGGAAAACAAACCACAAAAGGAGACUCAUUCGACGCACUCUGAUAAUAUUUAUGUAAAAAAAAAUCACAUUACAUACGAAGAAUAGAAUAAAAAAACACAAAGUCUUAUCACUGAUGGCGGGUAAUUUGAAGCAUGGAAAGUCUCAAGAAGACGUUUGCUACGUGGUGGCAAAGUAUGAUUAUGCGGCUCAGGGUGCGCAGGAGCUUGACUUAAGGAAAAAUGAACGCUACAUGUUACUGGAUGACUCAAAACACUGGUGGCGUGUUCAAAAUAGUCGCAAUCAAUCAGGCUAUGUGCCUAGUAAUUAUGUGAAAAAGGAGAAACCAUCACUAUUCGAUAGUAUUAAAAAGAAAGUGAAAAAAGGGUCCGGAUCGAAAACCCUUCCGAAUUGUUCACCAUCCCGGCAGACAGAUAGCCCAACGAUGGCACGCCGAUUGCCGGUGGAUCCGUCAGAAGCCAUUGGGACGGCCAUUGUGAAAUAUAACUAUCAGAAGGUGCAAAAUGAUGAAUUAUCCCUGACGAAAGGUACUCGAAUUCUUAUUUUGGAAAAAUCCAAUGAUGGAUGGUGGAGAGGACAAAGUGGGAAUUGCGUGGGAUGGUUCCCAAGUAAUUACACAACAGAGGAGAUUGAUAAUAACGAUGAAGCACUCCAUACGUAUGCAAUGGCUGAAAAUGUUCUUGACAUUGUGGUUGCUCUCUAUUCAUUCAAAUCCAACAAUGAUCAAGAAUUGUCUUUUGAGAAGGGCGAUAGACUUGAAAUAAUUGAAAGGCCUAUCGCAGAUCCUGAAUGGUAUAAGGCACGGAACAAUCAGGGACAAAUUGGUUUAGUUCCUCGAAAUUACCUUCAAGAACUCACGGAGUACUUGUCUGGGCCGUUUCGUGGUGGUCAAGUGGGUGGUGGGAUUGGAUCUGACAAUGGCUCAGUGGAUCGACGUAAGGAUAUAAUGCCGGGGACUAUGCAGCAACCACUUGAGCGUCCAAAUUUGGCGGGAAAGAGUUGGUAUUAUGGCGCCAUUACGCGUAAUCAGUGUGAUACAGUGUUAAAUCAACAUGGACAUGAUGGCGACUUCCUCAUUCGGGACAGUGAGACAAAUAUGGGAGAUUAUUCAGUGAGCCUUAAAGCCCCAGGACGUAAUAAACAUUUUCGUGUUCAUGUUGAGGGCAAUAUGUACUGCAUUGGACAACGUAAAUUUCACAAUUUGGAUCAGUUAGUCGAUCAUUACCAAAGAGCACCAAUCUAUACCAAUAAACAAGGUGAGAAAUUGUAUUUAGUUCGAUCACUUCCAAAAGCAAAUGGCACAUAAAUGUAAAUUUUUGCAAAAUUUUAUUAAAUUAAUUUCUAUUAAUAUUAAAUCGAGAAGAUAUUUAGAGUAAUAAAUUGCUAAUUAAUAGCUAAUUUACAUGAUACAUUUUUUAGUAAAGAAAAUUUUUCCUACAAAAUUUUCAUAAAAAUGCGAAAAUUACACGAAUAAAAAAAAACAACAUAACCAUUACACAAAAAAUUUAUAAUUAAUAUCAACAAUAACAUAUUAUUAAACAUCAGGAUUUUCAUACUAUGAGAGAAUUGAAACUGAUAUAAAUGAAAAUGGAAGAGAGAGGGGUAAGCAUGGAGAAAUAUUUCUUUCUUUUAAUGGGAAAGUACGUUAGGUACGUACAUGAAAAAUAUAUAAAAUACUCUUCAAUUCAAUUGAAGAAUAAGUGAGGAAAGCAAACAGUUUUAACAAAAAAAUUAUAAAUAUAUAAUAAUACACAUUACUACACCUUUGAAUUUAUAAAUAUAUUUUUAUUAUACUUACCUACAUAUAUCCAACUUUAAUAUAUAUUUUAAUGAACUAUUGGGAAUAAAACAACGCGCAAGUCAAAAUGCUACAAAAGAUGGAAUGAAAUGUAUUAUGAAAAGUUCAAUGGGUUAUGUUUAGUUUAAAUUGCUCAGAUUUAAACCAACAAUAGUCAAAGUUCUACACGAAGGGAGUAGAAAGAUAGUUCCCCAAUAGGCAUGUCCCAAUUAAAUUUACGCAUACGGAUACCAGAAAUGUUUAAUUCCAAUGGAAUACAACAUAACAUAAAAUAUCUAAAUAAUAUUAUUACCUACAGAGAUUUAAGGAUGAAUUCUCAUUGAAUAUGUGAUUAAUUCUUCCUUAAAUCUUUAGCACAAAAACAUAGAUGUACUACAGUCUCAUAAAACAUAGAAUACUUCAAAAUACAGAAUCAUUACGUUUGGAGGGUUUUUUCUCCGUUCAAUUCAUUAAAGUUUAAUUUUUCAAAAAUUAUAUUUUUUAUGCUUCUGCACAUUCAAAAAUAAAAAAUAAAUCAAACUGACUCAAAACAGUAAAUAGAAAAACAUUUAAAGAAAAAAAUAGUAGGUAAUUGUAUCUCUCGUCUUUAGAACCCAACUGCUUUCAUCGGCUUUUAACCCUUUCACGUCUACGUGAAACAUUGAAACAUGAGCUCUUUUUAUCACGAUAUUUAUUGUCUAGAUACUUUCAGAGCACUUUUAUCAGUCAGAACGUUUUUUUUUUGGCCUCUUUUACGUUAAUUUGGUGCAUUUUUGUAACUUGGAAAAACAAUUAAAUUCAUGAAUAAUUGGAAAAAUAAAAUGUUUUACGUUUGGGUCAGCCUAGAACCAAAAAACGCGAAUUUGUUAAAGCAAUUUAAAAAAAAAAUCCUGAAAAUCUAGGUUAAUUCCAUUAAUUAUUUCGAUAAUAAUUUCAGUAUCAAAUUGUUUUGCUUUCGCGUUUUUUCUUGAGUGAAUUGAAGUAACUAUAUAUUUUGUACAAGAAUAAAAUAGAUUUAUAAAAGAAGAAACUAAUGAGUAAUUUUAGUAAUGAGAGAAAAAGAAAGAAAUGAAAAAUUAGACAUAGAUAAUUUUAUGUAAAAGACAUUUUUUACACAUUAUAUUUACACGUAAAAAUUAAUGUAGAAUUUGUAAUGAAACAAAAACUCUAAAUUUUUAUGCAAUUACGAAUAUUAAAUUGAAAAGUCAUAGAGCUGCAUUGUGCGUGGGAAAAAACACUCUUUAAAAAAAACUAUUCUAAAUUUAUGGGAAGAAAACAUUUCACAAUAACUUCAAUAUUGCAAAAGUAUUCACGUCAAUAUGUAAAGAUUUCAUUUAGGUAUGAUUUUUAGUAGGAUUGUAGCAAUAUCUGAAACUGUUAGUCCAUAGCAAAAAAAAAAGAAUUAGAAAUGUGACUAUGUCAAAUUACAAGAAAAAUAGAAAA